AUGCACCAGCAAAUCGGCCCGCCGGUCUCUGAUGGUCCCGCUCUAAGGCCUUCGCGUGUCACUUUGACGGGGACAGCGGUGAUACUUGAACCUUUGUCGCCCUCCCACGCCAAUGAUCUUUACGACUCGGUGAAAGGCAAGGACAACCACCGGCUCUGGACCUACCUGUUUGACAGCCCUUACGAGUCACUCGCGGUCUUCCAAGAAGCUGUCGCUGCAAAAUCCAAGUCCGAGGAUCCCCUGCUCUUCGCCGUCAUCGAGAAGAAAAGCGCAAAAGCCGUCGGCUGGAUAAGCCUUAUGCGCAUCGACCCCAAACACCGUGUCGUGGAACCCGGCAACAUCCUCUUCUCCCCACUGUUGCAGCGGACAAAGGCCGCCACCGAGGUGAUGUACCUGCUCGCGAGAUACGUCUUUGAAACUCUGCACUAUCGACGGUACGAGUGGAAAUGCGAUAACCUCAACGGGCCCUCCAAGAGAGCGGCGAUCAGGUUUGGGUUUACGUUUGAAGGCAUCUUCAGAAAGCACAUGAUCUACAAGGGAAGAUCUAGGGACACGUGUUGGUUCUCCAUGCUGGACGACGAUUGGUUUGACGGCGGGGUGAAACAAGGGUUUGAGGACUGGCUGGACGAGAGUAAUUUUGACGAGGACGGGAAGCAGAGGAGGAGGCUGGAGGAUGUCAGACGGGAACUAAAGGGACAGAAGGGUCCUGUUGUCUUGAGUUUAUGA